UGUGUUGUGACGUUGUGUAGUGUGUUGUGUACAACGCAUAGAAGUGCACAGAAGUGUCAAAUAGUACUAAUUAAAUUCGUGAUCGUUUUCAUAUUUUCUAAUUUUCAACAUUGGUUGUGAUUGUAAGAGAAAUAUACUGUGAUAUAAUUUCCUGUUCUGGUUCCACUUUAUAUUAAAAAUAGAAAAUGGCUCAAGAACAAUUCAAAAUAAGCCCCGAUUUGGAAAAAGAGAGGAAUAAAUGCACUUUCAAAACACUAGAAUUAACCCAAUUAUUAGACGGAGGCGCAGAAAAAUAUAAUGAGCGCAAAAGUCGUGGUGAGUAAAAGAAGAAAUGUUAAUCGUCAAGCAAUAUUUCUUAUCACUUUGUGGCCUUUUCCAGAGGAUUUUUUCCUAAGUGACCCAGAACUGAAGUCAAAAGUGCCUUUGGAAUAUUUGAGUCAUAAAGAAAAAUACGAAGAAGCUGUUCGUAAAGCGUGCUUAUUAUUUAGAAAAGUUAUACAACUUCAAAAUGAGGGAAAAGGUGGAAUGGACAAUUUUAGAGAAGUACUGGGUGGACAGCUGGGUUCUGCCAUACUCCCAGAUGGCAAUCCAAUUACUUUGCACUAUGUUAUGUUUAUCCCUACAUUGAUGGGCCAAGGAACAAUAGAACAGCAAGCUGAAUGGAUACAGAAAGCUUGGAACUGUGAUAUUAUCGGAACAUAUGCUCAAACUGAAUUAGGCCACGGCACGUUUAUAAGAGGUUUGGAAACUGUAGCUAAAUAUGAUCCUAAAACCGAAGAGUUCGUUUUACAUAGCCCUACGUUAACAGCUUACAAAUGGUGGCCUGGGGGAUUGGGCCAUUCUGCAAACUAUGCUGUAGUCGUAGCCCAACUAUAUACUCAAGGAAAAUGCCAUGGCAUUCACCCAUUUGUUGUACAAUUAAGGGAUGAAGAGACACAUGAACCUCUGCCUGGCAUAAAAAUUGGUGAAAUUGGGUGUAAACUUGGCAUGAAUAGUACAAAUAACGGUUAUCUUGGAUUUGACAAUGUCAGAAUCCCCAGGAAUUACAUGUUAAUGAAAAACAGCCAGGUUUUACCGGAUGGAACAUACGUUAAAUCGCCGAGUAGCAAGUUAACUUAUGGUACAAUGAUUUUUGUACGAGUUGUGUUAGUACAAGACGCAGCUACUUAUUUGAAAAAGGCCAGUAUCAUUGCUACAAGGUAUAGCGCAAUCCGGCAUCAGUCACAAAUAAAACCUGAUCAGCCUGAGCCGCAGAUUCUAGACUACGUAACUCAGCAGUAUAAACUCUUCCCAAAUAUCGCUUCGUGUUUUGCCUUCCAAUAUGCGGCAACUUGGUUGUGGGAUACAUAUAAUAAUAUCACAGAGGAACUUGAGACUGGACAGUUGGAUAACCUUCCAGAACUGCAUGCUACGGCAUGUGUUCUGAAAGCAGUAAGCACAGCAGAUGCCGCACAGGGUGUGGAAAUGUUAAGACUGGCAUGUGGAGGCCAUGGAUACAUGACUGCUUCAAACUUGCCAUCUACUUACGGACUCGUGACCGCUAUGUGUACAUAUGAAGGUGAAAACACCGUUCUUCUGCUACAGACAGCUAGGUUUUUGGUCAAGAUGUGGCAGAACAAGACCAAUGUGUAUAAGCUACCUACAAUGAAGUACCUGGCAACGGCAUUGAAUAGAGCAACACCUUUUGAGAAAUCUGUAGAAUGGGUCAUAGCCGCUCUGCAAAAGACAGCAGCUGGUAAAAUAGACCUUGCUAACAGACAUUUGAACGAAAGAGUAGCUAAAGGUCAGUCCUAUGAAGACGCGUGGAAUAACACUUCGAUAGAACUGGUCAGUGCUGCUGAAGUACAUGGCAGAACGAUUAUUGUGGAGCAGUUUUAUAACACGGUGCAAGGAUACAAGAGUAGAGUUUCUAAGGAGUUAGGAACUGUUCUUGAGCAAUUGUUGCAACUGUACGCUGUUAAUGCGGCACUCAGGUGUACCGGUGAUUUCUUAAGGUUCACUGAAGUUCUGGGGAAAGACAUCACAGUACUUCAAACCUGGUUAGAAGAACUCUUAAGCCAAAUUCGACCAAACGCUGUAGGUUUGGUAGACAGUUUUGACAUGAGGGAUGAAAUAUUGUCUUCUGCACUCGGUUGCUAUGACGGGAAUGUGUACGAAAGGUUAUUCAACGAAGCCCAAAAGAGUCCUCUGAAUGCGGAGCCAGUAAAUAAGUCAUACAAUUUGUAUUUGAAGCCUUUCAUCAAGGCACAACUGUAGAUCCAAUGAACAAGAUCCUUGAUUAAUAGCUAGUACAGGCGGUAGAUUACGAAUUCUUACGCGAAAAAAAAAAAAGAUUUGUAGUCAGAUUUAAAGCGAUAUGGGAGCAUACAAUUCGGGAAAAUAGUGCAUGCAUCAGUUAAAUACACUUAUAUUGUGAACUUUUUAUUAUCCUGUUUUGUUAAAAAAAAGACUGUUACAACCGUUAUAACUAAUGUUUUUUGGAUGUACGAGGGUUGUUUCAAAAAUAAGGUUUCCACAUUUUUUUCAGACACAAGGAAUUUUUUACGACGGUGUUGCCAGCAUUGGGAACCUAAUCUUUGAGAAAACCCUCGUAAAUAGUGGGUCAAAAAAAAAAUGACACACCGCAUUUUUUCUUUUUAUUUAACAUCUACCGCCUCGUCUACAAGGAGUCUCAGAAUACCUGGGGAAUAUGAUAUAUACAAAACGUUAUUUGUCGGUCUUUAUUACUGUGAAAGAGUCCGCUAAGACAUUUUUUUAUAAGAACUUGUCACAUUUUUUUUCAUGUGUUCUACAUACAUCCAAAGGGUUUUCCGCUUAUUUUGAGAUAGCCUUUAUAAUUUUAUAACGCCCGUCCAUUACAAUUAUCAUUAUUUAGGAUAAACAGAAAAAAAGACAAUCAUGUUUAUAUAUUUUGUGGUGGGCAUUGUUGAUUUUGAGGAACUCUAUACAUUCCAAUUUGAGAUUUUUAUGUAGAAAUCGAUUCUAUUGGUUAUUUGGAAUUUAUUGUCCUCAUAUAUUCUAUUGUGCAUUUGUUAGGGGAAGGUGUAUAUUUCAUAUUUGAUAGACUUGUUUUGUAUGCCAGAUGUAUAUUUUGUUGUUUAUUAUUUUGUUUAUGAUAUUUUAAUAAUAAAUGAAAUUACUGA